ACAUCCUUCCAUUGCUUUUGAAGUCCGGAGUUAGUUGCACACAACUGUUUUGUUGGGUUUUUCUGGGUCCCAGCUGGGAGGAGUUUUGCCUAUAAAAGCCAACACGCCGUGAUUCAGUUAAACAGAACAUUGUUUAUCCAUAGAGGAGGAGAAUCAUCUACACACGAUCCAAGAUGUUUAAAUUGAAUCUUGCAGAGGACACAAAAGUGAUUGGAAACAAAGCACAAGAAGCAGUUAAUUCGGCAGGGGAGGCCAUACAGCAAGCCAUAGACCAGGCAACAGAAGCUGGUCAAAAAGCUCUGGAUGACGCCUGCAAAUCUGCUCAGGAUGCUGGUGACAAGGCUGUGCAAAAUGUAACAAGUCAGGUCUCUGCCUGGGGCAAGAGCUUUGGAAAGAGCGAGGAGAAGAAGGAGGUUCCAAAAUAACCACGUGUGUGAUCUUUUUGUUCCAUUGUGUAACUUUGUACAGACACGUACGUACACCAAUGCAUCAGCUCUUUUACACACUGGAAAUGCUUCUCUGAAUACUGUUCAAGUAUAAUAUGCAUUUUACAUACCAAUUAAAAGUAAAACUGUAGAUCUUCUAAA